GAGAAAUAACAAGUGUUUAACCAGGACCCAGAGGUCGCCAUGUUUUCCCUGUCAGAGCUGGCCCCUCUGAACCAGCAUCAGAGUAGGUGUAAGCUGUUGAAGCCCUGGUGGGAGGUCUUCAUGGACUACCUGGUGGUCCUAAUGCUGAUGACAUCUGUCCUGGCUUGUACUGAGCAGCUGUCCAGGGACCGAGUGGUGUGCAUUCCCUUGGAUCCACUUGUCACUGAAGAUACCAGUAAUCACAAAUCACAAAGUCUUCACUCUACAGCCCGGGGUCGACGCACACAUCUGGUCUACCAGCAGUAUGUUUACAUUAGCCAGGUGUGUUACCAUGAGGCUUUGCCUUUGUGCUCCCGCUUCUUCCCGUACAUGGCCAUGCUGCAGUCUCUAGUGCUGGUCGCCAGUGGCUCCUUCUGGCUUCACUUCCCCCACACCUCCGCCCGUAUAGAGCACUUCCUGGCCAUCUUGGCAAAGUGCUGCGAGUCACCCUGGACAUCUCAGGCCCUGUCUCAUGCCGCUCGACAGGAGAGCAUCCAAGAGAAGGAGGUGGUGGAGGAGAGGCGAUCACCCCAAAUUCCUCUCUCUUCAACCUCAUCUUCAGUCCCUUUAACUCGCACAAGACAAACCAGCAUAGACUCGGGCACAGACAGCCCGCUGUUGAAGAGGUCAGAUAGUGCGUCCUUUGCCGCCACUCCCUCCCUGUGCCCUUCCACACUCUCCUGUCACGCCAACAUCUCGUCUAUAUCCCUCGGGUCCCAGGUGCACUUUCCUUCUUCCAAGCCCUCACUCAUGAUUGACAGUCCCAGGCAAGUAAUCAGUCUGGACAAAAGUGAUGGGGAACAGACCAGGGCACUGUUCGAAAGGGUCAGGAAAUUUCGGUCCCACUGCGAAAGCUCGGAUGUCAUCUAUAAGGUCUACUUGGCUCAGACAGUAUUCAAACUGUUGAUGGUGACGCUGAUCUUGAGUUACACCAUCCCUCUUCUCAGCUCCCUCUCCUUCACACACACCUGUCACCCUGAGGAGCAGGCCUUGGUGGGCUACACUACCUUUGAGUGUAUCCAUGUGCUCUCCUCCCUUCUACGCAAACUGCUGGUGGCUUACCUGACCCUACUAGGGCUGUACGGCCUGCUGAACUUGUACACUCUCAGUUGGAUUUUACACAGCUCCCUACGGCAGUAUUCCUUCCACUCGCUGAAGGAGUUGUGCUCCCUGAGAGAUGUCCCUGACCUGAGGAAUGACCUGGCCUUUCUUUUACACAUGUUAGACCAGUAUGAUCCUUUGCUGGCCCAGCGCCUGUCCGUGUUUUUGUCGCCUGUCAGUGAGAACAGGCUGCUGGAGGAAAGCUUGGAGAGGCGCUGGGGGGAAGAGAAGCUGCGCGCCAUGACUAGUGUGGACGCAGAGGGCUGCUCCAGACUGCAGCUGGUGGCCCUUCCUCGCCUGCCUCCAGCCCUCUUCACCCUCAGCCAGCUUCAGGUCCUCAAACUGGAGCUCAUCACAGAGGCCAGGUUUACUGCGCAGGUGUCCAACAUGACCUCACUCAGGGAGCUCCACCUCUAUCACUGCACAGCAGCGGUGGAUCGCGGUGCACUUGGAGUCCUCCAGGAGCGCCUGGAGGUCCUCCACCUCUCCUUUACUCAAGCGUCAGAGAUCCCCAGCUGGGUCCUCUCCCUCCGCAGCCUGCAUGAGCUACACCUCUCCGGCCGCCUGAGUAGUGACGGUGGGGUGGGACGCAGCUGGGCAUUGGGGAGCCUCCGGCAAUUUCGUCACCUCCGUGUGCUGGUGAUCAGAGGCAUGUUACAGCGGAUCCCUGGGGAGCUGUGUGAGGUGGCAGGCAGCUUGGUAAGGCUGGAGGUCUACAACGAGGGCACCAGGCUUCUUGUGCUGACAGGUUUGAAGCGGAUGGUCGACCUGACGGAGCUGCUGCUGCAUGACUGCCGGUUGGAGCGUUUGCCCUCUGCCCUGCUGGCUCUCACCAACCUGCGGACUCUCGACCUGCAGCAUAAUAACCUGAGAACUCUGGAGGAACUGCUCAGCCUGGCUCAUCUGCGACGCCUUUCCUGCCUCAGACUUGCCUUUAACCGUGUUCUGGCUCUGCCGGCUAGUGUUGGCGUGCUGCGAGGCCUGGAGCUCCUUGAUCUAUCCAACAACCAGCUUCAGAGUCUUCCCCCAACACUCUUCACUCUUCACCGCCUUCGAAGACUCCUGCUGGCUGGUAACCUGCUUGAGGUGCUGCCUGCAGAGGUUAAGGCACUGCAGCUGCUCACAGAGCUGGACCUCAAUGGGAACAGACUAGAGAGCCUUCCCCCUCAGCUCUUCCAUAGCUGUUUGGAGCUGCACAUCCUUAACGUGGCACACAACUCUCUUAGCUCAUUACCCAGCGGGAUUGCAGCUUUAAGUCAGUUGGUCAGGUUGGACUUGCGCAGUAACAAUCUGGAGGUACUGCCUGCUGAAUUGGGCUGCUGCUCAGGGCUGCAUGGCGGUGGUCUCCAGGUGGAGGACUGGCUGUUUCUUUCUUUGCCUCCCCAGGUCAGGGACUUCCUGAGCCGUACAUACUCAGAGGGUAAUUCCCGGCCAGAGUCCGACAGUUUCCCAUACUUCUCGCCUACUCAGUGGAGUUUCUCUUCUGCUCUGGAAUCACAGAUAUAAGUAUCCUAACACUGAUAGUGUUCUGUUAGUAAGGGCUUUCUGUAUACUGAUUCUGCACAUUGAUUUGCAUACCACUCUAACCAAACAAAGUAAGUUUCAACCAAUGGCUUGCAGGAAGAUAUGUUUACAAAAUGUGCUAUGUAAACUAUGUAGUUACAAUGAGAAUUGUAGUAAAUGGCCUGAAAUGUGCAAAAUACACCACAGCUGUUAAUCUCAACAGGGCUAAAAUCGUUGUAAGAGAAAUUGUUGAACCUAUUGUAGACAUCUUGUUAUUCCUACGUCUUCAUGUGUUGUUAAUGGUUAUGGAGAAAUAACUGUUUCUAUUUCUUACAGGGCUCUCUCUGAAUACAUAACAUGGAGCAUAGGUUCAUGUUGUUUGAUAACAAAGUGCAUAUUAUUAAUACAGAAACUAUUAAAAUGGUUAAUAACGUGAGUAUGAUUACCCUAAUUGAUACCUCUAAAUAAUAAUAAUAAUAAUAAUAAUCAGUAUAAAUAUCUGUUUUAUUCCCACAUAAGAGUGCGCAGUUGUAGUCUGACUGUGACCACUAAAGAACAAUAAACAUGAUUAUUUCUUGAUCAUUUCUGUUGAUCUGCUGGUUUCUGAUUGCUCCUGUUUGGUCACUUUAUUAUUUUAUCAAAAGUACUCACAGAUAGUGUUUAUAUGCUAUUAUGUCCGACCUGAUGCUGGUAUGAUACUGGUAUGGUACUUAUCUUUAUUAAUACAAUUAUUACCAAUACUGCCGUUUCUGCUGAUGUUCUUUUUUCAAGGCUAAAUCACGCAUCAUGGAGAUCAGUCUUUGUAGGUCUACGGGUUCCAGAUUUUGUAAAAUAAUAAAAGGUUUGCCCAGACCUGAUGAGAAAGCCUCAAAUGGGAAUGCUCUCAAUUGUCCCCUUUUUUAAAGCAUGAUAUUAAUGCAUUUAUUUUAUUGUUCACAUGUAUUUAUUCAAUUGUUAUUAAACU